CACAACUCUGAUCUGAAGAAGUAUUUUAACAAGUUAUUUCACCAAAGCCAGGUAGACCAUCAUCACGGACAGGUUGAGAGACUUCACUAACACCGAGGGCCGACACAUCAGCACAAUGACACACCUGGUGGCGAAACCUUUCUUCACACACCUGUGUCUGGACAUACAUCGCUACACACAAGUGAUGUUGUUUUGUGUGUACUUGUAUUUCUUCUCAGCUGUUCAUGCUUCUGAGAAUGUGGCGCUGAGGAAGCCGGCUCGUCAUAUAACUAAUGUUGAAAACAUGCCAUACGCAACGGCUGACAAGGCUGUGGAUGGCAACACCGAUGGUUACUUUUUUAACCACUCCUGUACCCAGAGUAAUGAGAAAUCCAACACCUGGUGGAAGGUGGACCUGAUGGGCUUCUACAACAUCACCAGUGUUCAGCUCUUCACGAGGACAGACUGUUGCUCGGACAGAUUACAAAACUUCGAAGUUCGUGUGUCUCGCACUGACCCCAAGGCAUUUCCGUCCGGUGACGGACAGCAGUGUGUGUACUAUAGAAAUCAAGUGCCUCUAACCGGAACUUUGCUCAACUGCACUCGUCCAAUCACAGGUCGCUUCGUCAGUGUGUUCAAGCCUGCCUACGACGAACUCACCAUCUGCGAGAUUUUUGUCUUCGGAACGAAGCUCGACACCGGAACCUACGAACUAGUGAAGGACAACUCCCGCCUCAACUCUUCCCUUGUGACGUCACUAACAACAGCGUCGACCUUUGGCUGCGGUGUGAUGUGUCUUAGUGACGUCACGUGUGCGGCCUUUAACGUCAUGGCGUCAGGAACACGCUCACAAGGCGGAGUCACGUGCGAGCUUGUGUGUGUUACAAAGUGGGUGACAACCAUGACACUGCAAGCCAAGUCCGGAUGGAGAGCUUACAAGCGCCUGUUGGAGGGUUAACGUGACGUCAUGGACAAACACCAACGUCUGCAACUAGUUAAUGAGGCGAAAAUUACUUUCAACGUAUUGAAUUCGUCUGUGUACUUGAUUUGUUUUUGUAAUUUCAUAUUUAAAGUCCUUUUCUACAUGUUUGUUGUUUGAAUAUUAUUAGAUAGACAAGCUUUCACGUCUCCUUUUUAUGCUUUCUCUUCAAAGUUUUUAUCUGUUUUUAAGUGUGUUUGUACAUGCAUUAAUUGACUAACAAAGAUAAAAAAAAAAAAAAGCAAAAAGUACUAGAUGAGGUAUUAGCCUACAGAUUGUACGCCCUAACCACUUGUGGGAGAUUGAAGAACAAUCAAAGCCACCUUCCACACUCCAUCCAUCGUUCAGCGGCUGAUACAUUGCUGCUCAACUUUCCCUGAACUGUGCUCCGAUGGCCAGCGCCCUUCCCCAAUAUGAAGUAUUCCUGUAUAUGACAGAGCAACAACAGUUAUAGUAAUGCAUUUCUUUUUUAUCUGAGGUACACUACGCCGUGAAACUUUUAUAACAUUAACAAAUUAACAAAAUACUCUUUCUGAGACCCAUUCAUUUUCAUCAAAACACACACACACACACAGACACUGUGGCAAACACAUUAUUAAAUUUAGUUAAAUUUCCUUAGAAGCGCCGAGAAAGUGUGUGCUAGAGAAAGCACUACU